GUGACGCCAGCCCCUCUCACCCCGCCCCGUUCAACUCAGUCCACUGCGUUCAUUUCAUUCCUGCUCCCAUUCCGCGCAUAUUUCGCAUCCUUGGAGAGACGCUGCGCAUUUUACGCACUCAGCGCGCCCGAUUCUUCAUCAAACCAAAACCGAGAGGAGACUGGAGUUGGCGGAGGGCUUCCCGAUGCUGUAGCGACUUCAAUCCGCGGAAAAGUGUGGGAAUUAAUCCAUAAAGAGGCGUAUGAAUCGAGGUUCCUGCUGUCUGGCGUUGCAUAUCGGACCAGCGUGUUGAGUUUUCUACAGACAGACUUCAGCCACUUUCAGUGUUAGUAUUAUUGAUAGUUAGUAUUUGGGAUCACUAUUGUUGAAGCCACAUUUAGCAUUAGCAUCCUGUCCGCACUGGGAGUUAUUAUUUAUUAUUAGUAUUAACACUAACUUGAGUUCACCAGUAGCUUUUUCUUUUUUUUCUUUUCUUUUUUUUUUUUUUUUUUACACGUCACGUUAUUGGAAUCAAACCAUUAGCAUCAGUGCUGAGCACACGUCGGCCAGUUAACGUUAGCUGCCAGGAUGGAGCGCAGUAGCUGGAGCGGCAGUGAGAGUCCCGGGGAGGACAUGGACAGACUGAGUGACUCCGGAGGGGACAAGACCAUGGACGGGGACCCCGAGGGGGUCUGGAGCCCCGACAUCGAGCAGAGCUUCCAGGAGGCCCUGGCCAUCUACCCGCCCUGUGGAAGGAGGAAGAUUAUACUGUCGGAUGAGGGAAAGAUGUACGGCCGAAAUGAGCUCAUAGCCAGAUACAUCAAGCUCCGAACGGGCAAGACGCGGACGAGGAAACAGGUAUCCAGUCAUAUUCAGGUCUUAGCCAGAAGAAAAUCCAGGGAGUUUCAGUCCAAACUAAAGGACCAGAAUGCCAAGGAGAAAGCUCUGCAGAGCAUCUCCUCCAUGUCCUCGGCUCAGAUCGUCUCAGCCACUGCCAUACACAGCAAGCUCCUGCCUGGAAUAGUACGGGCCAGCUUCCCUGGCAACCCGCAGCUGUGGCAGGGGAUGAUCCCUGGGGGACAGUCCAGCUCCACCACAGAAGACAUCAAGCCGUUCUCUCAGCAGGCCUACAAUGUGCAGACAGCAGGGACCACCACAAUCUCAGCCUACGAGCCUCCCACUACAGCCCAAACACACAGAGAGCCAGCGUGGCAGGGUCGCUCUAUCGGCACCACCAAACUACGACUGGUGGAGUUUUCAUCUUUCCUGGAGACACAGAGGGACCAGGAGGCAUACAACAAGCACCUAUUUGUGCACAUCAGCCAGAGCAGUCCGAGCUACAGCGACCCACUGCUGGAGUGUGUGGACAUCAGACAGAUCUACGACAAGUUCCCCGAGAAGAAGGGCGGCCUCAAGGAGCUGUUCGGCAAGGGCCCACAAAACGCUUUCUACCUGAUCAAGUUCUGGGCGGACCUGAACUAUAAUGUGCAGGACGACCCCGCGGCCUUCUACGGUGUGACCAGCCAGUACGAGAGCUCGGAGAACAUGACCAUCACCUGCUCCACCAAGGUCUGCUCUUUCGGCAAGCAGGUGGUUGAGAAAGUGGAGACGGAGUAUGCGCGGUUUGAAAACGGGCGUUUCGUCUACAGAAUCAGUCGCUCUCCGAUGUGUGAAUACAUGAUCAACUUCAUCCACAAGCUCAAACACCUGCCUGAGAAAUACAUGAUGAACAGCGUGCUGGAGAACUUCACUAUUCUGCUGGUGGUGAGCAACAGAGACACUCAGGAGACCUUGCUGUGUAUGGCGUGUGUGUUCGAGGUGUCCAACAACGAGCAUGGAGCACAGCACCACAUCUAUCGACUCGUCAAGGAAUAACACACACACUUAUACAUAUAAAUAUAUAUAUACACACAUACACGGACACACACAUAUGGCCUUUGUUUGGUGACUGAUCGCGACACUGGAGGUAAAAAAAAAAAAAAAAAAAGUCAAGUGUCUUUCAGCCAAACAACUUCGAUUUAGUGGAGGAAGAAAUUGGCUGCAUUUUCACUGCUGCUCACGAGACAAAACAUUAAGAGGUAGUUUUUAAUUAACAUCAGAUGUGACACAGUACGCUGCAGAGGCCUCCCCAACAGGAGCAUUUCAACACAAAAUAUUAAAUCCACCCUGAGUAUUAGAUGCUCAUUAGCUGGAAAAAAAAGCACAGUGGCAGUGCAGCCAUAGAAACACAUUAAAAUCGACCUGGGUGGUUUUCCCCAAGAACAUCCUGACUCAGACAUCAAAGGGAGAUGUCACGUGUCCUGCUAAUUGGUUUUCUUACCCACUUUCACCCAGCAAAUUCACAUUCUGCUGUUCUGAUGAUGGAGAUGAAAGUCGUGUCGUGUCUGUCACGUGUGUUUUGGGGAAACUCAGCCCAGGGAGAGGAAGAAAAAAAAAGAUUUUCAACAUUUUCAUUUUCUGCCCCUGUGAAAUAAGUGUGUGUGUGUUAUCUGCGAAGAUAUUGACGGACACUGAAGGUCAGACCCUGUGUAUCAUCAAUAACCAGAGAAGGAAAUAACACUACUGCAUUAUCAUAUAGUACAAUAUAGAGGUGGAUUUGUACAGAUAGCCACUGCGAAUUGUGUGAGCUGCAUUCUUGCACAAAAAAGAGGUUUGUCCCAAAGAGAAGAGAAAAUCAAAUUUUUACCUUUUGUAUGUUUUCAUCUAAAAAAAAAAAAAAAAAGAAUAGCUUCUAAACUUUGGGAAAUUGUUUAUUGAUAGUAGCAUAUAGACUAUAUUUUAAUUCCAGGAACACUAUCUAAAAUUUAUGUCAAUAAGAAACUAUAAGUGAAAUUGAACAAUUCAGGUACCUUUUUUUGUGCAACAGGUGACCCUUCAUCUUCUAGAUAUAAAUAAAUAAAUAAUAAGUCAAGAGUUUGUUAAAGUUAUAAUCCUCAAGAUUUCAGUCCCAGUUGAUUUGGCGUUAAAUACAUUCUGUUUCCUGUGGCCCUUUCACAGUAAAAGCCAGCACCUAUAGGAAAUGUUGUGUUUGCAUUAAUACAGAUCCGAUACCACUCUAAGAGAUUAAACAGUAGAUGACGAGGCUGAUUUGAAUAAGAUAAACUACAAACAUUGGAUUACAUGUUUCCUGUUAUUUGAGCCAAAGGUUGGAUUUAAUUUGAUGAGAAUCUUGAGGAUUAAAACUUUAAAUAUCUUGUGGUCGGUCCAUGGGAAAGCACUGUGAACCUUCUGAACUAUACAACAACGUCAUUCAUGGUGUUUCAAGGAAAGGAAAAGUUUCAUACGGUUAAAAGAAACGGCUAAAAGAAACCUGUGAUCUGCAAAUUAAGCCUAGCUUAGUUCAAUAUUCUUAUACCAGCUAACUUGAGCUUUAACUCAUCCGUACUGACACAGGUGUUCAAGCCUGAAAUAUUACCACAACCAUAUUUAAAUUGAAGUUUUCCACAGCUUGUUCAGUGCUUGAUUUCAGCUCUAGGGGGCAUUAAUUCAGUUGAAGACACAGUUCCCUUUAAUCAGUGGAGGACUGGUUUCUUCCAGUUACACAACACUAUGCCACCAUAGAAGUGAUUUAUGAAACAGAAACCAAAAAACUGUUGAAGUGAUGUGUACUGUAGCAGGUGUCGACCGGUGGUCCGUCCGUGUCAUGCUCAGCAGCAUGAAGUGCCUUUGGUUGGAGACAGAAGUAGAAGUUUUUACUCUGUUUUUAUGAGAGUCCUGAUAAUUUUGCUGUUGUAGAUGGUGGGUAGAAAUAUACGGAGACGCAUUAUAGGGAUCACAUGCUCCAGUAUUCAGUGUCUUGUCCAAAUUCUAUAUUUAAAGGCUGUUUCUUGUUGUAAUUUGUAGACAGUCAGCAGUGGACCAUCCUGAAUUAUCUGUUUUUAUUUCCCACAUGAUGUCAGUGAGACACACUCUGGUUCUUUUUGUGUCUGAUGGAUUAUAACCAACAUGUGUUUGCAUUUACAUGUAUGUGUGACAGGUUCAUGUUGAAACAGCUUCCACAUGAUGGUGCCUCAUUCAUAAAAUGCAGCAGUUACUACGACAGAAGACCAAUUCUAACUUGUAUCUUCACAUCCCCACUGUAAUAUAAUUGAAAAAAAUAAUUGGGCCAUUAUUAUAGACUUAAAUAGGGCCGCAAUCAUGUUCAUCACUUCUUCACUUUGUUGCCAAGAAUUAAAUGAGAAGACUGAUACUAGUUUUAUGCCACGAUAAACAUGAAGCUACAGCGGUUAGCUUAUCUUAGCUAGCAUAAUAAUUGGGAACAGCUAGCCUAGCUCUGUCUGACGGUAACGACAUCUUAUCAGCACCUCUAAAGCCAACUGAUAUGUUAAAUCUCAGUUGUUUAAUCCAUUAAAAACCGUAGUGUGCAGUCAAUAAGUGUGUUUCUAUCCAGCUGGUUUUAUGCAUAUUUUCAAUUUGCACAUAAAAAAACCUAAGUGGGAAAUUCAAAAACUCAAAAUAGCAAAAAAAAAGAAGUUUUUACGUAUUGGUGGAAAAAGUUUGUAUAUUGAUAAAAGCAAACUGCAAUGGAAACAUGACUUCAGAUAUAUGUUUUCUACUUUGGUCCCACUGUUCUAGGAGCGACUGGUGCUCUAAUAAUUACAUAUUAAUACUGCAACAGUCUAAUGGCAACCAGCACUACCAAAUGUUUAUGUCAAUGAACCAAAUUGCAUAACAGUAGUGUAAUGAGUAUUUGAGCUGUAUAUGGUGGGAAACCUGAGUUAUGCGCCUGACAAUGAAAUAGUCCAGUACCUAACCCAAUAAAGUUACAACAAACACAAUGCAUAUUGAGUGAGUUUCAGAGGUGCUAGUAGACAGAUUUUUAUUUUAUGUUAAUUUUAUUUUAGUUGUGUCCCACUGUUCCAGCCUAAGCUAAGCUAAACUAAGCUAACUGGCUUUUGACUGUGCUUCGUAUUUACUGUAUAAAUAUGCAUAUUUAGUGUAUAAACGUGCUUGUGGCAUCAAUAUUCUCACCUAACUCCUGGCAGCUGCUGUUAUAAACCACACUAUCUUACAAUUAGCAUCCCACAUGACCAAAUAAUGUCUAUCAACACCUGGUCCAUUGAUAAACAGAGGACUGUUCCAACAAGUAAAACUCUGGAUAACUUACUCAGCAAACCUAGUCAGGGUUAAUACACAUACCUGCUUGUUAACAGAUCCCAGAGCUCCUUUCAGGUGAUUUGACACUCACAACACUCACAAUAAUGUCUCAUUUGGACAUAAAACAAUAGAAUUACUUGCAUAUUAAUGAAUGAGGCCCAGAAGUUUUCAUAUGUUUAUAAUAAUGAAUGCCUCUGGAGGAAGCUGAUCAGCAAACUGUCAUGACUCACAGGGUUAUGUUUCCAGUGUGACCAGCUGGGAUGCUAUGUGGUGUCCAGAACAUCCAGGAACAUGGUGUUUUAGGGCAACGUCUACUAUUUUACCAAACCUGAAAAAGAGCCAUCUUUAAUCAGAGCUGGCCACCUGUUAAAUAUUCGGUCUUGAUGAGUAACGACUCAGAAGACUUUCUACCUUUGUGCCUAAAAGUAUUUCGAUUUGUCAACCUCCAAAACCACUAUAUUUUGACUCUAUUUGUCUGAAGACUCCUGUGGGUGUCAGCCCAUCUGUCCAGUAAAACACCAUCAUCUCAACACAGCGGUGAAUCAUAAUGUCAGGAGAAUUCCCCUCUGCCUGCAGCUUUCCCAGAGUUUAGUCUCAUGCAGUGGUAGUAUGUUGUUUGCAGACAGACCACUCGGCCUUCACACCAGAGUACCGACAUGUAACAUGUACAUGGUAAUCUUAACACACAGCCUCAGAGGGCUGAUCUUUGCAAUAAUGACCCUCUGUCUGGACAUUAUCUACCACCUGCUUACCAAAGACGGUCGCCAUGCAACACAAAACACAGAGGAAAAGUGAUUUAUUACAAGCUAGAGUUACUUACAAGCUUCUGCCAAAAAAAGAGAGACUUCUAAGGAACAGGACUAUCAUCUUAGAAACAUCUGUAGCUCAUGGGCUACAAUGUAAAAUUGUACAGAUAUAAGUAAAACAAAACAAAACACAUGAAUAAACAAAAAUGAAUGGGAACUAGGUUUGAAUUUGACCCGUCACACCAAUUGUGGACACCUUCUAUCAUCUUGUUUGGCGGACUGAAGAAGCCCUGUAUGAGAAGGAAACUGAUUUAUUCAAAAUGCCCUAAAAAUGUCUGUUAAACUCACCUGUAGGGCUUUUACUGUUAAAUGUCUACUCAUUGUAACCAACUAGAGAAUGUGCUCACACUAAUAAAAGCCCCACAAAGAGCAGUGUAUACAUUCAAACUGCAGUGAACUGCUGAGUUUCUGAAUCAUUGUUGUAUGUGUUGUCGAUGUUAUCUCGUACGUGCAAGUUGGAUAUUUAUCUUCUUUUCCGAACCUCAUGUGGCACAGAAAUCCUGUCUGUAAUCAAUUCCAAAAUGGCCUUGAAAUCUUUUUCACUCCAGUGCAUGUGCAAUGCAUCUGUGUGUGUGCACUGAGGGUUUUUUUGAUAAGGUGCUUUGUAUAAAGGUGACAAUAACGUUUAUUACAGAUGUUGUGUAUAUCUUUGAUAUUCUAAUGUUUAUCCUAUUUUGCGAAGAAGAGAGAACAUUUAGGAAAAAAAAAUCCAAAAGCUAGUAACGUGUGUCUGUUGGUACUGCACAGGGUCUGAUCUUUGCUUUGUAACCUUUUUUUCCCCUCAUGGCUAAAAGUAUGGUAGAUAUUUUCUAGCUUUGUAGAGACUUUGUACGCAUAUGCUAUUCAGUUUAAAUAAAUGGUCAGUUCCAAACUGUG